UCCAACAAAUUAUUGAAAAUAUUUUCAGUAAACUGGAAUAUUCAUCUCCAAUUGCUGCUGAUGAUCUGGUUGGGAUAGAGUCCCGUGUGGAGAAAGUGGAAUCAUUAUUACAUAUGGAGUUGGAUGAUGUUCGCUCUAUAGGUCUAUGGGGAAUGAGGGGCAUAGGAAAAACAACUAUUGCUGAAGCUGUUUAUGAUCGGAUCUCCCAUCGGUUUGACGAUAGAUGCUUUCUUGCAAAUGUUAGAGAAUUCUCAAAAAAUAAAGGUUUGGAAGCUCUACAAGAGCGUCUCCUUUCAGAAAUCUUAAAGGGAAGUAAUAUAAAGAUUACUUCUGUUGGUAGAGGAGUAAAUAUGAUAAAGAGCAGGCUAUGUCACAGACGAAUUCUUAUCGUUGUUGAUGAUGUGGAUCAACUAGAACAACUAGAAGCAUUAGGAAAGAAUGAUGGGUUUGGUUCUGGGAGUAGAAUCAUCAUAACAACAAGAGAUGAACAUCUGCUAACUACUUAUGGAGUGACUAAAAUAUACAAUGUGAAGGAAUUGAACUAUGGUGAAGCUAUGCAGCUCCUUUCUUGGAAAGCCUUUAAACAAAGUUUUCCUUCUGAAGAUUAUUUGGAGCUCGCAAACCAAAUAGUAGAUUACACCAGUGGGCUUCCAUUAGCUCUUAAAAUUUUGGGUUCCUUUCUAUUUGGUAGAACAAUGGACGAAUGGAGAUGUACAUUGAGGAAGCUGCAUAAAAUUCCUAACACAAAAGUUCUUGAAGUGCUUAAAAUCAGUUUUGACGGACUGGAUGAAAUGGAGAAGGAAAUCUUCCUUGAUAUUGCAUGCUUCUUCGAUAGGAAAAAGAAGGAUUUUGUAACAAGAAUACUCGACAGUUGUGGCUUCUACCCAGAGAUUGGAAUUUGUGUUCUCAUUCAAAAGUCUUUCAUAACUGUUUCAGAAAAUUUGCUUGUUAUGCAUGAUUUGAUAAAAGAUAUGGGUUGGUAUAUUGUUGAUCAAGAAUCUCCUGAGGAAGCCGGAAAACGUAGCAGGUUGUGGCGUCCAAAGGAUAUUCGUUCUGUGUUGGCAGAAAAUAUGGGGACUGAAAAAGUUAAUGGCAUAGUUUUGGAACUGGUCAAAGAGGAAGAUAUCACCUUUAGUAUUGAAAGCUUCACAAAGAUGAACAAACUAAGACUGCUCAUAUUCCACAAUGUGUUGUUUUCUCGUGGUCCUGCACAUCUUUCAAAUGAGUUGAAGUGCCUUGAUUGGCAUGCAUACCCUUCAAGUUAUCUGCCAACAAGUUUUCAGGCAGAGAAUCUUGUUGAACUCAAAAUGUGUUAUAGCGGCAUUGUACAGCUUUGGAAGGAAAUAAAGCUUCUAGACAAGUUGAAACAUAUUGAUCUUAGUCACUCCCGCAAGUUACAAAGGACCCCAGACUUCACAAAGGUCCCAAAUCUUGAGACACUGAUUCUUGAGGAUUGUACGAGUUUGGUGGAGGUUCACCCAUCACUUGGAGGUCUCAAAAGGCUUGUUUUCUUAAGUUUGAGAAACUGCACAAAUCUCAAGAGAUUUCCAAGCAGUAUUCAUUUGGAAUCUCUUGAGACUUUAAAUAUGUCAGGCUGCUUGAAGCUAGAAAAGUUUCCAGAAAUCUUGGGGGAUAUGGUAUGUCUAUCAGAACUUUAUAUGGAUAGGACCGCUAUAAAAGAACUGCCCUCGUCAAUUGAACAUCUCACUAGCCUUACUUCAAUAAAUUUGAGUGAAUGCAAAAAUCUUGCAAGUCUGCCAAGAACCAUUUGUAGAUUGAGCUGCCUAAAAACUCUCUAUCUCUCUGGCUGCUUACAAUUUGAGGAAUUGCCAGACGACCUGGGAAAUAUAAAAUGUUUGGAGGAGCUUCAUGUGCGUAAAACUGCUAUCAAACGACUACCAUCCUCCAUUAGUCUUUUGAAAGACCUCAAAGUCUUGUCUGUUGGUAGAUGCAAGGGAACAAUAUCUGAGUCGCCAUUUUUUUCACUUGUUUCGUCUUGGUUUUUACAAAGGAAAUGUGAAGAUUCUCUGUGUUUGGUGCUUCCCUCUUUAGCUGGUUUAUAUUCCUUAACAAAACUAGACCUUAGUGAUUGUAAUCUGUCGGAAGGAGGGAUCCCCAGUGACCUUGACAGUUUAUCCUCUUUGAGAGAGAUGAAUUUAAGCAGAAACAAUUUUGUUAGUUUACCUGCAAGCAUCGCCCGGCUCUCUAAGCUUCAAACUCUUGUGUUAGUAGGCUGUGAGAGGCUAGAAGCAUUACCAGAGCUUCCACCGCGUAUUGAGAAUUUAUUUGCAGAUGAUUGCCAAUCAUUAAUAAGCAUUGGAGAUCCAUAUGAAACGUUUGGAAGGCUGCAGAGGGUCACAUUCACUAAUUGCUUUAAGCUGUUGGAGAACAAAAUUUGGAGUGAAGAUUUGUUUGAGACGUGGCUGAAAUAUCUAAUGCUUCAGGAAGAGAUAAUUUUUCCUCCUUUUAGUAUUCUUUUACCCGGAAGCGACAUUCCAGAGUGGUUCAGCCAUCAGAGUUUUGGUACUAAAUUAUCUCUGGAACUGCCUCCAGAUUUGUUGAACGAGACAUUAAUAGGCAUUGGCGUGUGCGGUGUUUGUGACUUCGCAACUGCUAACUCGCAGACUUUUCCGGAGAAAAGAACUGAAGACUUGCUUAUUCAAAUCGAUGUCAAAUACCUUAACGCGGAACUCAGCUCUGUUGCCGGUUGGAUUCAGGCAGGUACGAACGUUGAUUCCGAACAUAUCUUGCUGUGCUUUUUUCCAGUUCCUAUGAACCCAACCACCUACCAAGUUGAUGUCCGCUGCUCUGUUGCAUCUGUUCAUCCGUCUAUUCCACAAGAACUAUGGCCUGACUCUGAUGAAAUUUUAUAUACGGAGUUGGAGAUGAAGUGGGGAGUCCGUCUAGUUUACGAGAGAGAUUUCGAAAGUUACCAGGAUGGGUGUGGGAAUUCGGGAAUAGUUGACGGGUUAGAUUCUGAUGAAGCACCAAUACUAGAAGACAAAAUUAUUCCUCAAGACCAUUACUAUGUCCCCACACUACAACGCCCUGAAGAACAUAGUUGUCCGGUAAUGUAGAGCUUGAUAUACACCAAGAUCCAACUCCGGGGGUCACAUGGGGCAUUUUGAUGGUAUUAGCACUUGUUAUGUUACCCUAGAACUUUAUGGUACUUUUAUUAUUAUUAUAGUGAAAUUCUUGCAAUUCUUGACAGGCCCUGAAUUUUGGAUGAAUCAAGAAAAUUUUGUGUGUUCUUGUUGUGUGUAUAAUCUCUUUCUUGCGUUUUUUUUUCUUAUUUA